CAGCUUUGGCUCUCAUCAGGAGCCUUUGACUUUCUUCAGUGCGCAAAGGCAUCAUGAGUUGUCAGAUCUCCUGCAGAUCUCGAGCAGGAGGAGGAUUCCGGGGCUUCAGCAGUGGCUCAGCCAUAGUUUCUGGAGGGAGCCGGAGAUCCACUUCCAGCUUCUCGUGCUUGAGCCGCCAUGGCGGUGGCGGUGGCGGUGGCGGUGGAGGCUACGGCGCAGGCGGCUUUGGCAGUCGGAGUGUGAUUGGCCUUGGAGGGAGCAAGAGCAUCUCCAGUAGUGUGGCUGGAGGUGGCGGCUUUGGUUCCGGUGGUGGAUUUGGUGGCAGAGGAGGUGGCUUUGGAGGCUUUGGAGGUGGCAGCAGCUUCCGAGGAGGCAGUGGCUUUGGAGGCGGUGGUUUCGGUGGAGGCGGCUUUGGAGGAGGCAGCUUUGGAGGAGGCCGCUUUGGAGGCGGCGGUGGACCUGGAGGUUUUGGGGGUCCUGGUGGCUUCGGGCCUGGAGGAUUCCCUGGUGGAGGCAUCCAUGAAGUCUCUGUCAAUCAGAGCCUCCUGCAACCCCUCGAUGUAAACGUAGACCCAGAGAUCCAGAAGAGAAAGUCUCAGGAGCGGGAAGAGAUCAAAACUCUCAACAACAAAUUUGCAUCCUUCAUCGAUAAGGUGCGCUUCCUAGAGCAGCAGAACCAGGUACUUCAGACCAAAUGGGAGCUACUGCAGCAGAUUGAUGUGGGAUCCCGCACCACCAACCUGGAGCCCAUCUUCCACGCCUACAUCAACCAGCUCCAGAAGCAGGUGGAUGCGCUCACUUCAGAAAAAAAUGCACAGGAUUCAGAGCUGAACAAUGUACAGGAUCUUAUGGAGGAUUAUAAGAAAAAGUAUGAGGAUGAAAUCAACAAACGCACAUCUGCUGAGAAUGAUUUUGUGACACUUAAAAAGGAUGUGGACAGUGGCUACAUGAACAAGGUGGAGCUGCAGACCAACGUGGACACACUGACACAGGAGGUUGACUUCCUGAGAAGGCUCUAUGAGGCGGAAAUGUCCCAGGUACACGAGACUAUCACAGAAACCAACGUUAUCUUGUCCAUGGACAACAACCGCAACCUGGACCUGCAAGGCAUCAUUGCUGAUGUCAAGUCCCAGUACGAGGAUAUUGCCCAGAAGAGCAAGGCUGAAGCUGAGACCCUGUACCACAGCAAGUAUGAGGAGCUGCAGAUCACUGCAGGGAAACAUGGAGACAGCGUGAGAGAGCUCAAGAUGGAGAUCAGUGAGCUGAACCGCAUGAUCCAGAGGCUUCAAGGGGAGAUCUCGCAUGUGAAGAAGCAGUGUAAGAGUGUACAAGAGGCCAUUGCCGAUGCUGAGGAGCGUGGAGAACGUGCCAUCAAAGAUGCCCAGAACAAACUCACAGACCUGGAGGAGGCCCUGCAGCAGGCCCGGGAGAACCUGGCCCGGCUGUUGCGAGACUACCAGGAGCUGAUGAGCGUCAAGCUGGCCCUGGACAUCGAGAUUGCCACCUACCGCAAGCUGCUGGAGGGCGAGGAGUGCAGGAUGUCUGGAGAACUCAGUGACAAUGUGACUGUGUCCGUGACAAGCAGCACCAUCUCUUCAAAUACGACAUCCUUUGGAGGCCAAGGUUCUGGAGGCAGAGGAUCCAGUCAUGGAGGAGGAGGAGGAUAUAGCUCUGGAAGUAGCAGUUAUGGCUCUGGAGGCAGAAGAUCGGGCUCCAGAAGUGGUGGAGGAGGCUCUAGCUUUGGCAGUUCCAGAGGAGGCUCCAGUUCUGGAGGAGGAUAUGGCUCUGGCAGUGGUUCUGGAGGUGGUAGAGGGGGCUCUGGUUCUGGAGGUGGAUAUGGCUCUGGUGGUGGCUCUAAAGGAGGUUCCAGCUCUGGAGGAGGAUUUAGCUCCAGAGGUGGUUCCCGGGGAGGCUCUAGCUCUGGAGGGGGAGUUUCUAGCCUUGAAAAGGUUGGUUCUGCCUCUGUUGAAGGUUUCAGUUCUGGUGCGACCUUCUCUUUUAGAUAAAGAUGGGGCCUUCCUGGUUCUUCCACUCUAGAAUACGGAAGCCUGUUUCCUUCCCUCUAACUGACAGCAUGACAAAUUUGCUAUCCACCUCUGAUGGCAAAUGAAUGCUCAUAUACAGUUUCUAAAGGUCUUCUUUUGAAAUCAAUUACUGUAGUUAGAGACAGUGACACUCAUUGUUUUCUGGGGGAAGAAUCUGCAUUGUCCAAGUUGGUCUUCCAAUCAUGCCUCUACUCCUGGUCCCCCUGUCUCUUUGCUUUUCCCACUUGGGGGUCCUCUUCUGGAAAGGUAUUCUAUUGAGGACCCCAGGGCUGCCCACUGAUGUCAUCUCAAAGCCCGUGCCUCUCUCAUGGAGGUGCCCUAGGAAGGGUGCUUCUGUGUACAUAGCCCCUCUUAUCAACUCCACUUCUGAGUGCUGUGGUCUGGGUGUCUGCACAAUAAAUUCAUUUGCAACUUA